UGCUAUGUGUUCGUAGGUGGUUUGAAGAAAACUUUUACCCAUCUUAAGUUUUAAGCUAUACUUUUUAUUACUUUGGGACCAAGCCACGCCUAUUUGAAAUAUAAAUUUACAUCUACGUAACGAAAGCUAGUCGCGAUUGGAGAUUAAUCAAAUUAUGAGCCCAUGAUCUUGAGGUCAAUUCGUAAUACAUUUAUCAGAUCUAAUUUGAGUAUGCAUCUUCAAAUAUGUUAAUAAUUUGCUGAGUUAAAAACAAUUAAAGAAUAAAAUGUACAAAGAUAUAAGUAUUUCUGUACCGCAGGGUCGUGUGAAAUUUUUCGUUCGGAAAUCUCCGAGUAGAUGACACACUAAAGAACAGAAGAUAGGAAAUGAAAAUAUCACAAGGAGCAGACGACACGUAAGAAGAGGUUAUAGCAGAACAAUGUAGCUCACCCUCUGGAUUUUUUUCUGACAGACAUCCGAAUUUGUAUUCGAUGUUCAAAUUUUUUAGAGUUACAAAAUAACCGGCGUAACGACCUCAGGCCGAUUUAGUCACCAAGUGGUUUUACAAAUGCGCAUGCUCGAUAUCUCGUAUCUUCGAUUAUCUCGAAGUUCAUUGUUGCAGGUUCGAAUACCAUUUGUAAUUCAGUCGCGCCUCUGCAAAGGGGUGAGUAGGUUGUAAUCGGGUAUCCUGUUUCUUGCGUUUGUACGAAGUUUUGACAGUGGAAAUGAAGAAGUAAAUAAUAAUAGACGAUGAAAUGACGUCCGUUCAAGAAACCAAAAAUUUCUGACUGACAUUUUUUGAGUAAAGUUUCAAAGUAGUUGACGAAGUAAGUAUGAAACAUAGCGUAUCUUCUUGCACAAGCAGUCUUUGAAAUUCCAUCAAUUGCAGCAUGUUAGCCAAUAGAUCUUCGCUCAACAAUUUAUGUAUUUGUUCGUAUGAUAAGUUUGUCCUACACAACAUGAAUAAAAUAAAAAAAACAUGAAAACUUACCCCACGUGAAAAUUGGUCAUCGUUGCCCUUGAGUGACACAUCGCCAAUCGAUAGUUGUAAACGACGCACUGUUGAGGAGUAAGAAAUUCCAUUGCAGCUCAAGUAGCCAACCCUCAACCCUGACGCUUUUUAGAUCCAAGAAUCGCGAUUCGCGUGACUGAAAACUGUUGUGUUAGUUAUUCGUCAUCUUGCUGCACAAGAUGAGCGAGUCCGUCAAAGUCGCAUUGAGAUGCCGGCCGAUGUCCGUCCGCGAGUUACAAGAAGGAUGUCGGAGUAUACUUCACGUAGACUCGGCAACGAAGGGGUGCACCCUAGAGAACCCGAUGUGCAUCGGCGGGGCGGGAGGAGGAGGAGGAGGAAAGAUGUUCCAAUUUGAUGCAGUAUUUGACCCGAGUGUAUCGACGGAAGUUGUGUACGAGCAAGUUGGUUCGCCUAUAGUAGAAGCGGUUCUCGAUGGUUACAAUGGGACGGUGUUUGCCUACGGGCAAACUGGCUGCGGUAAAUCCUUCACGAUGCGAGGAGUCGUCGAACGAAGUUUGGAGCACCUGUUCGAGGCGACUUCAACGUCAUCAUCGGAAACGCGUUACCUCGCGCUGUUGAGCUAUCUUGAAAUAUAUAACGAAAGACUUAGGGAUCUUCUUCGGGAUGGAGACGGCGACGGUGGCGUAAGUUUACUCCAACUCAAAGAAGAUCCUACGAAAGGUACCUACGUCGCCGGUGGGCUUAGGGAAGUUACUGUCAAAGAUGCGGCGGAAUGCACUCGACUUUUGGAACAAGGUGAUAAUAGGAGAGCCGCUGCAGCGACCAAGAUGAACGCCGCAAGCUCAAGAAGUCACGCUGUCCUCACACUUGCUUUAGAAGCGAUCGCGAUUAACGACAAACAAAAUACCGCGGUCCGAAAAGGCAUGCUUCAUCUGGUAGACCUCGCAGGUUCUGAAAGACAGGGGAGAACAGGAGCAACGGGAGAAAGACUGAAAGAAGCAGCGAGUAUAAAUCUGAGCUUGUCAGCUUUGGGGAAUGUGAUCAGUGCGUUGGCCGCUGGAAAUGGAAGACACGUUCCUUACAGGGACAGUAAACUCACGAGACUCCUUCGUGACAGUUUGGGUGGAAAUGCGAGAACUCUGAUGAUCGCUUGCGUAAGUCCAAGCGACAUCGACGCCGAUGAAACUCUGAGCACUUUGAGGUACGCUGCUAGGGCGAGGUGUAUAAAAAACAAGCCCGUCGUCAAUGAGGACCCCAAAGACGCCCUGUUGCGACAAUAUCAAUUGGAAUUACAACGGCUCAGGAAACUACUGGAAUCGAAUGACAAUCUGCAGACAGAAUUGAUCAUCAGUACACAUAAGGUAGACGAAAAUAAGGACGGGGAUACUGAAACGCAAGAUAAAACAACGCGAGAAAUUUCAUACGAUGAGGAAGUACAGAGAUUAAGAAAGGAGUGCGAAAACUCGAAUCUGUCGGCACAGCGACUCCAGGAGGAACUCGAAAACCUGCGGUCGCGAUACGAGGGUCGAGCCAACGGAGACGGCCCACCGGAUCCAAAAGAAGCCACGGAGGAUGACAGCGGACUCGAGAAGAGAAAUCGAAAACGAGAAAUGGCUAAGAAGGAGGUCUUGAAGAGGCUUGAGAAGCUGACGAUCGGUGGCGAAGCCCGAGGUGACGAAGAAGCUCGUAGAAGGCGAGAGCGUCGUCGAAAAAGACUGGAAGCUUUAGCCGGAGCCUUGGCGCAGAGCGAUGGAACUACGGAAGGUGCGGUGGAGGUCUACGGUCAAUUAAAAUCGACGGAAGAAGCGCUGAAGAGAGCAAUGCGGAGGAGUCGACAGUUGGAAGCUGAAAAUGCGGAUCUGCAGGCGUCUUGGGACGCCGAAAGACGCGAUCUACUUCGUCGAGAACUCCUGGCCACCCAGCUAUGCGACGCAAUGAUUCCGUAUUUGAGACCAGGGUGCCCGUUGAGGGAUAUCGAGGCUGUGAGGGCCGCAGCUUCUUGGUGCGAAGAACUUUCGCGAUGGCGUUUGCCCGACAUUUCUCCUCGAAUUCCGCUACCGCCACCCUCGUUAUCUCAACCUGUUCGGGAACAGGAGGGCAAACCUUCUUCUGGUACACAACCAGACCACAACAAUAACGACAACAAUAACAACACGGUCAACGAUGCUAAACCCCAAGAUAUCGCGGACGCAUAUUUCCGAAGAAGUAGAGUUGACGCGCUGCUUGCCCACGCCAGAGAAGCUAAAAAUCGGAUCGGUGAACGCAACGCAAAGCAAAAUCAGGAAUACACUGGUCGUCAGAGUAAAUCUGGUGGAUCUGGCGAAUCAGGUAUCGGAGCCAACAGCUACCUGCAAUUGAACGCAUUGAAUUUACAGAGCAGCGCUCCGCCGAUUCCCGCCUCAAUUUCUACUGAUUCAGCGAGCAAACAAUUCAGCAACUCUCAAUUCUUUGGGCGUACAGCACUGUCCUGCAACUGGCUCCUCGAUGAUGUGAAUUCCAAACCAAUUGACUCUAACCAGGGAUCAGCCACGAUUGAACUCAAGAAAAUGCCACCCAGAAUACUCGAGGCUCUACCUUCCUAUCCACUGAGGAGGGUGAGACUCUCUCCGACCCCUGUAGCUGUUUGCUCGCCGAGGCACGAAUUAGAUUCAAGCCUUCGCCCUCAUCAUGCUCGAUCACCAACAUAUUGACUAAUAAAAUCAGGAUCGGCUGAAGCUGAACAGAGUGCAAUAUACACAUCGUUGAAUCGCUGCUAAAACUCAAUUCACAUUGGAGCGGAGAGGUCUUAAUUAUAUUAUAAUAUCCGUGUGUAUGAUAUGUGUAUUGUGUAUGAUAUGUACAAAAGAAUCGCCUUAAAUACAUGGAAAAACUAUU